AUGCAGGGGACCCUAAGUGACAUCUUCGACAACUGGGUCACCCCUGCAGAUCUAAGCCGGAGGGUAGGCCUGCAAGAUUAUGCAGACGUUGGCCGGAGGGCAGGCCUGCAAGAAUCUGCAGAUGUUGGCCAGAGGGCAGGCCUGCAAGAUCCUGCAGGUGUUGGCCGGAGGGCAGGCCUGCAAGAUCCUGCAGAUGUUGGCUGUAUAGCAGGCCUGCAAGAUUCUGCAGAUGUUGGCCGGAGGGCAGGCCUGCAAGAUUCUGCAGAUGUUGGCCGGAGGGCAGGCCUGCAAGAUCCUGCAGAUGUUGGCCGGAGGGCAGGCCUGCAAGAUUCUGCAGAUGUUGGCUGUAUAGCAGGCCUGCAAGAUUCUGCAGAUGUUGGCCGGAGGGCAGGCCUGCAAGAUCCUGCAGAUGUUGGCUGUAUAGCAGGCCUGCAAGAUUCUGCAGAUGUUGGCUGUAUAGCAGGCCUGCAAGAUCCUGCAGAUGUUGGCCGGAGGGCAGGCCUGCAAGAUUCUGCAGAUGUUGGCUGUAUAGCAGGCCUGCAAGAUUCUGCAGAUGUUGGCCAGAGGGCAGGCCUGCAAGAUUCUGCAGAUAUAAGCCGAGUAAAAGGAACAGCCAGUUCCCUGAGCCCAAAUGUGUAA